UCUCACCGGAAGUGCAGUGUUCCAGGCUGUUCUAUGGGCGGUUAGCUUGUGUACACAUGAACCGCUACCCGAAAUAAAGCCAAAUCUAUAGUUUUCUCUCAUCAUUUCAUCUGCAGGUUUUGGUCGAUUGUUAUACACCCAAUUUUCCUAAAACGUGCCCUUUAUUGGAGAAGAAAAUGCCACGUAGACGUCAGCAGAGACCUAUGCCAGGGAGUGGUUCAGAUGGGACAGAAGACUCAGACUCCUCUGCUGAGCGGGAGCAGACCAACAGCUCAGAAAGUGAUGGGAAUAUUCCCAAGAGACAGCGCCUCACUCGAGCCUCCACUCGCCUCAGCCAGAGCUCUCAGGACACACCAGACUUGAAGCGCGCAGUUGACCACGAUGAGUCUCCUCCGCUGACGCCCACAGGAAACGCCCCCUCCUCCGAGUCCGAACUCGACAUUUCCAGCCCCAAUGCUUCUCAUGAUGAGAGCCAGGCAAAAGACCAAACCAGCAGAGAUUCAGAUAAGGAUCUUUCCCACCGACCUAAGCGCCGCCGCUGUCAUGAGACCUACAAUUUCAACAUGAAGUGCCCCACUCCAGGGUGUAAUUCACUCGGUCAUCUUACAGGGAAGCAUGAACGUCAUUUUGCUGUAUCAGGUUGCCCUCUUUACCACAAUCUUUCAGCUGAUGAAUGUAAGGUUAAAGCUGUCACCCGUGACAAACAAGAAGAGGAGAUGAAAGUGCAGGAAGAGAGCAAUUCUCGGCAUGCGACUCGCCAUCAGACCCCAACAUCAAAACAGAGCCGCUACAAGGAGCAGGUCAAUGAAUUGAGAAAAGGUCGAAACUCUGGCCUGCAGAAAGAGCAAAAGGAAAAGCAUUUGGAGCAUCGACAGACUCAUGGCAAUACCCGAGAGCCACUGCUGGAAAACAUCACUAGUGAUUAUGACUUGGAGCUGUUCAGAAAGGCCCAAGCUCGAGCAUCAGAAGACUUGGAGAAGUUGCGUAUCCAAGGCCAGAUCACUGAGGGCAGUAACAUGAUAAAGACUAUCCUGUUUGGCCGAUAUGAGCUUGACACCUGGUACCACUCUCCUUACCCAGAGGAAUAUGCACGCCUGGGCCGCCUCUAUGUGUGCGAGUUCUGCCUAAAGUACAUGAAGAGCCAGACCAUACUGAGGAGGCACAUGGCCAAGUGUGUGUGGAAGCAUCCUCCAGGUGAUGAGGUUUACCGGAAAGGUGCAAUAUCAGUGUUUGAAGUUGAUGGAAAAAAGAAUAAGAUCUAUUGCCAGAACCUGUGCUUACUUGCCAAACUCUUCUUAGACCAUAAAACUCUGUACUAUGAUGUGGAGCCAUUUCUUUUUUAUGUGAUGACAGAGGCCGACAACACUGGCUGUCAUUUAGUGGGCUACUUUUCCAAGGAAAAGAACUCAUUCCUCAAUUACAAUGUGUCUUGUAUUCUCACAAUGCCGCAGUACAUGAGACAGGGCUUUGGCAAGAUGCUCAUUGAUUUCAGUUACCUUCUUUCCAAAGUGGAGGAGAAGGUGGGGUCACCUGAGAGACCACUCUCUGACCUAGGCCUCAUCAGCUACAGAAGUUAUUGGAAGGAAGUUCUACUGCGAUACAUGUACAACUUUCAAGGGAAGGAGAUCUCCAUUAAAGAGAUUAGCCAAGAAACUGCAGUGAAUCCGGUAGACAUUGUGAGCACCCUGCAAUCCCUCCAGAUGCUCAAAUACUGGAAAGGAAAGCAUCUUGUUUUAAAGCGACAGGACCUGAUCGAUGAAUGGAAAGCAAAAGAGAUCAAGAGAGGGAACAGCAACAAAACCAUAGACCCCACCUCACUCAAAUGGACCCCUCCUAAAGGGACAUAAACAACGUCUGCUGCUCAAUAAACUCUAGCCACAAGUAGCCUCGACUCUAAUGUCUACAACAUCAGUAUUUUUUGUUUUCUCAUGGACUUUUUUUACUUUUUUAUUUUACUGUUGACUGAUGUUUAUUGAACGAUUGUCCACAAAAGAACUCAAGGGGUUUUGCUUGUCCAAAAUGUGCUUUCUAUACUUUGAAUGUCAAGUGUUCAACAUAUCAUGGUUACUUUGCAGCAUUUCCAGGCUGUUAGCAUUAGUUCUUUAAGAAUUGCAUUUUGAUGCUGGUUAUUUUUUAGUUCAAUGAUAUUUUAAUAGCAUAGAAGUUUAACGCAGAGUGUAUUUGACUAGUAUAAUAGAAACCUUCUUUGGUUGAUGUGAUAUUGUAUAGAUUCUUUUAAGCUCCAUCAAUAGAUGAUUUGGACCCAUUCCUCUUGAGAACCUGCCAAAUUAUGAAAUUAAAAUGAGAAACCCAGAAAAUGCACAUAAAUAUACAGAUAACCUCAGGUUUUUAUAGUAUUGUACUGAACCUUGCUUAUGUGAUUUCUCCAGAACAUCAGAUGCAGUUGAAGGAUGGAUUCUUGGCAAAGCGUCUGCAAUGAAUUAAAUGUUGUGUCACUGUAA